CUGAGCAGUAAAGCAUCUGACUCUUCUCACUCUCAAACAUAUACACUCGCGAUUCUAGCGGGGGUUUUCUGAGUGCAAUCUCGUCUCAUCUAUAUAUCAUCUCAUCUCCCUCUUCUUUCUUUCUUUCUUCCUCCUCCCACUCUACCAACAACCGUCCAACACUUCCCGACUCCGCUCACCACAUCCUCCACAAUGUUCGGCAAGAGACAGGAGCCAGACGUCAAUGAGGUCCUCGAGCAGCGCCGGCCCAGCACGGCCGAGGCGACGGCGCAACAGCACCGCAAGAACGUCUCCAACAAGGGCUUGACCGGCGCGUCGGCCCUGACCGUCAAGCAGUCCAUCGUGCCCAUUACCUUGGUCACCGUCCUCUUCUUCCUCUGGGGUUUCGCUUACGGCCUCCUCGACGUCCUCAACUCAAAGUUCCAAAUCGCCCUCAACAUCACCGCCGCAAAGGCCGGCGGUCUCCAGGGCGCCUACUUCGGCGCCUACUUCAUCGGCCCCCUGACCUACUCCGGCUGGAUCGUCCGCAAGUUCGGCUACCGCUGGACCUUCAUCACCGGCCUCUGCAUCUACGGCGUCGGCGCCCUCAUGUUCUGGCCCUCCGCCGUCUACCGCUCCUUCCCCGGCUUCUGCGGCUCCCUCUUCAUCGUCGGCUCCGGCCUCUCCACCCUCGAGACCUCGGCCAACCCCUUCAUCGCCACCUGCGGCCCGCCCCGCCUCUCCGAGUUCCGCCUCGAGCUCUCCCAGUCCUUCCAGGCCGUCGGCUCCGUCAUCGCCCCGCUCCUCGCCGCCCGCGUCUUCUUCUCCCACACCGAGCCCAACGACCUGUCCAAGGUGCAGUGGACCUACCUCGGCAUCGCCGCCUUCGUCUUCCUCCUCGCCGUCGUCUUCUUCGUCGUCCCGCUCCCCGAGAUCACCGACAGCGACAUGGCCCUCCAGGCCGAGAUGGUCGCCGGCGAGGAGGGCCACGACGACAAGCCCCUCCGCAAGCAGUACCGCCUCUUCUUCGGCGUCGCCGCCCAGUUCUGCUACGUCGGCGCCCAGGUCGCCGUCGCCUCCCAGUUCAUCUCCUACGCCGUCGAGUCCGCCGGCCUGACCCACUCCGAGGCCAGCGACCGCUACGCCAUCGGCCAGGGCCUGUUUGCUAUCGGUCGUUUCGCCGCCGCCGGACUCAUGAUGGUCAUCAAGCCCCGUCUCGUCCUCAUGGUCUUCAUGACCGGUAUCAUGAUCUUCAUCGCCUUGGCCAUCGGCAUCAAGGGCGAGGGCGGCAUCGCCAUGCUCUCCCUCGUGCUCUUCUUCGAGUCGUGCAUCUUCCCCACCAUCUUCACCACCGCCAUCCGCGGUCUCGGCAGACACACCAAGCGCGGUAGCUCCUGGAUCGUCGCGUCCGUUUGUGGUGGUGCCCUCUUCCCCAGUCUCACUGGUCUCGUCGCCGACACCAAGGGAUACCACAUCUCCAUGGUCGUGCCCCUCGCCGGCUUCGUCGUCUCCCUCGCCUACCCCAUCUUCCUCAACACCGUCUGGAAGAAGGACCUCGACAGCUUCAGCGCCUCAAAGAUUGGAAACACGGACGAGCACGGCGUCAUUGGCGACCCGGCCAGAGACGACGCCUUCGGCGACAAGGCCGCCUCCAAGCACUUGGAGUCAUAA